GGUGUUUUCUUAUGACAGCGCACGAGCACCUUGGUGUGGUGCUGUGAUCUGUGGCCGGAUCCAGCCCGAUGCUGCGCAGCCGGGGCAUGCUGAAGAGCCGCUGCUGCGUCCUGCUUGGUGACCUGAGGGUGCUCCUUCUCGGGCCACCGGCGCCGCUGACCCCCAUGAGCGGACAAGCGUCGGAUGAGGCGAGCGCCCCCGUCCCGGACAACAACAACACGUUGGCGCGGAGCCACGCGGGGGCCGGAGCCGCCGGGGCCCCGGGCGGAGAGCGGCCGGUGGCGGGCUGGGUGGACGCGGCGGAGCUGUCGGCGGCGCUGCGCGGCUGCAGCAGCUCCUCCGAUGACUGCUCGAAGGGCAAGCUGGAGGAGAGGUUCUCUCUCAACAGCUACACGGAGAGUGGCUUCAGGACGCCCGUGUGCAGGAUCUGCUUCCAAGGACCAGAACAUGGGGAGCUGCUGAGCCCGUGUCGCUGCAGCGGGUCGGUUCGCUGCACCCACCAGCCAUGCCUCAUCAAGUGGAUCAGCGAGAGAGGUUCCUGGGCCUGCGAGCUCUGCUACUACAAAUAUCAGGUCAUUGCCAUCAGCACCAAGAACCCGUUACAGUGGCAGGCCAUCUCCCUGACUGUGAUAGAGAAAGUGCAGAUUGCAGCAGCCAUCCUGGGCUCCCUGUUCCUCAUGGCCAGCAUCUCUUGGCUGGUCUGGUCGUCUUUUAGCCCGUCGGCUCGCUGGCAACGCCAAGACCUGCUUUUCCAGAUAUGCUACGGCAUGUACGGCUUCAUGGACGUCGUGUGCAUCGCAUUAAUUGUCCACGAGGGACCGUCGGUGUUUCGCAUCUUCCACCGCUGGCAGGCCGUGAACCAGCAAUGGAAGGUUCUGAACUACGAUAAAUCUAUGGACAGUGACGACCUGAAGGAGGCCACUGUGGACAGGACUCUGUCUCAGCCCAGUCAGAGCUACCACACGGGGAUCGGAGUGUCCACCUCCACCUCCUCGCUUAUGGUCGUGGCCUCCACAGCCGCCGGCUCCACGUCUACGACUGUGGUGACGGCCGCAGGGGGAUUCGGACCGCACCUGGACCCCGAGAGCGGCACCGCGGUGCCAGACCAACACUGUCCCUACAACAUCCUCCACCUGCUCAGCCACCUGAGGCAGCCGGAGACCCGCAGCCAACCCAGCAAUAGCACAAGAGAGCUGGUGAUGAGAGUCACAACAGUCUGAGGAGUCCGUUGAGGCCUUAUCUCACAAAGAUUUCUGAACCAGCUGACAGUUAAAAAACAAGAACUAUAUUAACUGCACUGGACUGAUACCAAGUUCUUAUUUAUUUUUAAAAGCAUCUUUAAUGUCCUUACAUUGGUUGAAUAAA